CUUCCUUGGCUGUCUCGAAGCACCGUUGCAGAGUGUGCUCUCGAACAGUGUUGUAGCGAGUUCGAAACUACAACGUGGAUUUCGUUGUAAUAUUAUUAUAUCCGAGGCCCCCCAAAAUUUCCUUUCUUAUUCACACAAAUCUGAGCGCAAGUUAAUGAACUCAUGCGAGGAGAAUGCAGUGGAUUCUUUUUCUUCUUCUUUCCGUUUCAUCGGGAAGUGCCUUGAGAUUAGCGGCCUACAUAUCUUCCGGUGGAUUGCACGGUGAAUUCCGCUUCGAGCAACUCGACGAGAAUGUGAUGAAAAUCCGUCUGGGCCUUGAGACAACUUUGCAGUACCCGGACCAACAAUGGCUCUGGACGGUGACGAGAUUUCCGGUCGAUUAUACAAAUAUCGAGAACCGAUGUGACGAUCGUCAUCUCGGGGAAACGAUAAUCGACCUAACGGAACUCGUCGGUCCGAUCGUGAUGCCCGGAAACGAAUCAAGUGUCGUCGAGGUUCCUGGUCUCACUCUCACCGGAGACAAAGGUUUGUGGGGAAAGGGAUUGCUGCUCGUCGAUACUUAUUCGUCCCGAAGGAUCUGUGCCUCAAUUACAGUCCUUGAAAAACAUGCGGAGAAAAAUGCUGAAGCUCGAUUCCAUGGACCUGUUGCCGGAAGCGUGUGGUUUCGAUGGUUGGGAGGUCAAGCAGGUGAUGCGACGAGCGACACGGUCAUGUACGCGGAUCUUCAUCACGUGUCGAAGCAAAAAGUACUGAAAAGCGUCGACUUCACUGAACACAAUUGGAAAAUAUACGUCACGGAUAUUUUUGAUUCAGGAAAAGACAAAAACGAUUGCAACAUUUUACAAACUGUUUUCGAUCCUGACGACUCGGGUUCUGGAAAUUCGAUCGGUGACGUGGAUUCGCGUCUCGGAAAAAUCAAAGUAGCUGUGGAUGCGAAUAAAAGCUUGAAAACGUCGUACAGAGAUUCUCUAAUUUUGCUGCUACCAGCUGACCUUCUUGGCUCUCACCGUUCUCUUUAUCUUGUCAUAUUUCAUCCCACACACACGGACUCAUUUCUCGCUUGUGCAAAAAUAAAGCCAAGAAAAGCCUCGUUGGCGAAAACUCUGAUAAGUUCUCGUGGCAUCAGAGGCGAAGUGACACUGUCGCAAGAAACCCAGUACGAUCCAACGUGGGUGAACGUCACUUUGAACACCAUCAAUGACCUCGAAACUCGACUUCGAUAUGCCACGAAAAUCGCUGCUUACAGGAUACACGAAUUACCACGCGAUCCAUUUUAUUUCAUGCAUCAAAAUAACAGCGAAGAACCCUGCCUGACGACCAAGGAGAUGUACAAUCCUUCGAACAUCGACCUCAAAACGAUUCCACCUCCUGGACUGGGGACUCAGGAUCAAUACGCAAUUGGAGAUAUUUCGGGGAAGCUCCAAGGUCGAAAAUCACGAUCGUACCACAGCGAUAUUCUCCCCGGAAGUGCACAGCUGGCAGGAAUAUAUUGGGACUUGUAUCUACCAUUGUCAGGAAUAAACAGCGUUGUUCAUCGUUCUCUAGUGCUUCACAAAUUCAAUGAGACGGACAACAAAGGAAUAAUUCCUUGGAUCUGUGGAACGUUACUACACCAAUUGCCACAAAAUGCUGGUCAGAUGCCGAUGAUAACAGCCGAGGUUAUUUAUCGGUAUCCGAUAGUAGGUCGAGUUGUUUUUCGCCAAGCACAAAACGAGCCAGAAGCGGACACAACGAUUAUUAUUGAAAAUCUCAUCCACGCGGAUGGCAGUGCCUUAAAUAAUUCAGCGGAGCACAGAUGGAUGAUUCACGAACAUCCUCCUGGGAUCGAUUUUUACAAUUGGACCGGAAGAUGUCUCACCGCCGGAAAUCCGUACAAUCCUUACAAGGUCGAAUGGGACCCUGCACAUCCGGAACGCUGCACAGCGAAACAAAUAACUCUCUGUCGCGUGGGAGAUUUAACGAGACACGGAAGCUUGUCGAUCGCUGGACGUAAACGCGAUGGUUCUCGUAUCACUCGACGUUUGUUCACCGACAGCUCCUUGCCUCUUUCUGGCCCACACAGCAUCCUGGGAAAAAGCUUAGUUCUGUACGACGACCAUGGUCCAGUCGCGAGAGGAGAAAGGCUCGGGUGUUCCAUAGUCAGUAGAGUUUACAGGAGAAAAGGAGUGGCUAAAGAUUGGUUCAGUAAUAGCAAGGACCCUGUGCUUAGAGGAAAAUUCGAAUUUAUUCAACAGACUGAAUACGACGUGACGGAUGUGGAAACAAUGCUAGAAAGUUUGGACGGAAUAACCAGUGCCUACCACGUUCACAUGACUCCGAUAGAAUUGGAUUUGGAAUUCCCGUGUGAAGCUACCACCCUUUACGGUCGUUACAAUCCUCAGAAUGUGAGCAUCGAUAAUUCGCCGCAUCCUGGUGAAGGAACAUCCGAUCAAUACGCGAUAGGAGAUUUGAGUGGAAAAUUUGGCACGCUCGACAAUCGAAAACGAUACGCAAUCACGCAGAACGACACUAUGCUCCCGCUUUUCGGACCAAGAAACAUUUUAGGACGAAGUAUCGUUAUCCAUAAGAAGCACAAAAACGUGAGAUGGGCUUGCUCAAACAUUGAGCGAGGCUACGCUCCUUCCGAGGCCCGAGAACUUCGAGGCAUCGCUUCGUUCCAUCAUCCAAACGGUUUUGCAUACGGAUAUAUAAAAAUGACUCAACUAAUAUACAAGGACAACAGCCAGAGUGAAACUGUGAUAGAAGUGAAAUUACGUCAUCCGGGUAAUCACGAUCGAAAUGUUACGAGAAAUCACAACUGGGCUAUAUACGUCAAUCCCGUCGGUGUUGACGCGACUGUUAAGGUGAAAGAUACUCGAUGCGUUGCCGGCGGAUAUCUCUGGAAUCCUUAUUACACCCAGCUCGCAGAUCCCUUAAACGAAGAUCUGUAUCGGCAAGAAUGUGGACCGGAUUUGCCGCUGCGUUGUUACGUUGGCGAUCUUUCCGCCCGAUUAGGACCGAUAGAUAUUGGCCUUCAGCGGAAGGUUUUCGUAGACUCGAAUUUCCCACUCGAGGGCAAGGUCUCGGCUCUUGGCAAAUCUAUCGUUAUUAUGGACCAAAAUUUCGGCCAACAGAGAUUCGCUUGUGCGAACAUAGAGCCUGAUUAUGAUAUCGUUAAAUACGCGAAUAUUGGACGUCCACCGAAAUUCGUAACAGCACAAUUUCUCGAAGAUGUACAGAGAGUCAUGGGAAUUCCUGAAUGGAUGCUGUCAAUCGACAGUCGAAAAACUAAAAUUCUUCACAACGGCGGAUGUAUACAGUUUUUGCUACAUUUCCGAGGUCCGAUUGCCAAUAUAUUGGAACAAGAUUUCAGCAAAUUGAUGUCGACGGGUCGUCUCGAAGCGCCCAGUUUAAGCAUUCCCGGAUACGUUAACAGCAAACGAAAGUCGAAAUUGGGCUACAGACAGUGUGGAACACGGGAUCCUAAUGACAAAAAUCUGAAACGCAGCUUCUGGAGUUCUAGAGCCGGCUCAUAUUCCCCCGCAUUCACGAUCGUCUGCUCGUCUUUAAUUUCUCUGCUCGUAUUCGUUGAUUAAAUUUUGGUAUGCCUGAUCAUUUUUAUUGCGGAGACUGGUGGACCACGAGGAAUCUUAGAGAACAGCUUUUUUUAAGAAUCAACCGAAUAUCCGAAACAUCGUUUUCGGCACGUCAAUGAAACGAGUAUUUUUCGCUCACGAAGAACCUUCUGUAGUAUGUACUCUAAGAACAUAAAAAAAGUUGAUAAUUUUUCAACUUAGUUAAAAUUUCGUUUUUCCGGCUUUUCAAAUAUAUUUUUCUUCAAUUCAAAUCAUCAUUACUGAUGAAUAUCUAGAGACGUUCGAAAAUCUUUGAGGACCAGUAACAAUAAAAACUGAUCGGCUGAAUUUAAAAUGAACUCAAACGAAAAUAUAAAUCAAAUAUGGAUAAAUAA